AUGGCAGCAGCGAUGGAGGCAAAGACCAACUUGAAUGUCAGGGAUGCGCUCAGCUACCUCGACCGCGUCAAGAUGACCUUUGCCGACCAGACAGAGGUCUACGACCGCUUCCUCACGAUCAUGAAGGAGUUCAAGUCGCAGGGGAUCGACACGCCGGGCGUCAUUGACCGGGUCUCGACACUCUUCCGCGGCCACCCUGCCCUCAUCCAGGGCUUCAACACCUUCCUCCCUCCCGGCUACCGCAUCGAGUGUACCGUUACCUCCGACGGAGCUGCGGGCGGUCCUGGCGGGUCAGCAGGAGCAGGCGGCGCGGCAGGCGGACAGGGCGGAACAACAAUCACGGUCACCACGCCGAUGGGCAUGACGACCCGGACGCAGUUGACGGGCGAGCAGGCCGAUCGGGUCACCUCGACGACAACGGCGGGUGCGGCACCGGGCGAUGUGAAGCAGGAGCAGGGUCAGGCUCCUUCUGCUGCGCCCGCCGCAGGCCAGCCCAUGCACAUUCAGAACCUCCCGCCCGCACCAGGCGUGGCGGCGAUGCAGGCUGCGCAAACGGGCGGACCCGGCACACCGAUCGCCACGACGCCAGGCGCAGCGACUGUUCUGUCGAAUCAGAUGGGUCCUGCCCCGUCAGCACCCGGCGCCGCCCCUCCCGCCGUCCCAGCUGCUCCCGCUUCGGUCGCUUCCUCUGAUGCGCAAGGCGCCGCGAGACCGCCGAUGGAGUUCAACCACGCGAUCAACUACGUCAAUAAGAUCAAGAAUCGCUUUAUUCGCGAGCCAGAGACGUACAAGGCGUUCCUCGAGAUCUUGCAGACGUACCAAAAGGAGGGCAAGGCGAUCCAGGAGGUCUACGCCCAAGUGACGAUUCUCUUCCACUCGGCACCCGACCUCCUCGAAGAGUUCAAGCAGUUCCUCCCCGACACUUCGCCCGAAGGCCAGGCCGCUGCCGCUGCCGCUUCUCCCGCGCAAGGUCUCGCUGGACGUGCUGGACCGGGUACGGGGAAGCGCGCUGCGCCUGGUGCCGGAAAGGACGGAGCGGGCGCGAAACGGGCAAAGACGGGUGCCGGCGCGGCAGGAGCGAAGGAGACUGGAGUUGGAAAGGGGAAGGGGAAGCGCAAGGCGGUUGCAGCGGACGUCUCGCCGCUCGUUGGCGGUCCUGCAGGACGGGCCAAGGGCGCCGCAAGUCCCGCCGACAUGCACGGCCUCACGUACCGCUCCGAGUCGCCCUCGGUUGCCGGCGACUAUGCCCACCCUCACCUCGCUCACCACGCCCAAGCGCAGGCUGCUGCGGCGGCCUACUACUACGGCGGAGUCCCGCCUCCGCCUGCCGCCACGGCUGCCAUCUCGAGCGCCCCAGGCCAGCAGCCCGGCUCCGUCGCAUACGCUUACGAGCCUCCUGCGCCGCCUCCGCCUCCUCAGCCCCUUCUCGCGCCCAAGCCAGUCCCGUCGCAGCCCGACCUCGCCUUCUUCUCGCGCGUCAAGGCGCACGCGAAAGAUCAGCCGACCUACCACGAGUUCCUCAAGCUCGUCAACCUCUACACGCAGGACUUGAUCGACCUCACUGCACUCGUCGCGCGCGCCUGGCUCUUCCUGCACCAGGACGAGGCGCUCUGGCGCGACUUCAAGGAGAUGGUUGGCUGGGUUGGCGACGGUCAUCCCGACCCUGUCGUCGAUGGCGUGCUGGGCGACCCUGGCAGGCGCGUCGAGCUCGAUAAGCAAACGGGCAAGCGGGUCAUCGAGAAUGUCCCGCGCUUGGACGGCGAAAGGUGGAGGAAGGCGGCUGGCGAUGCGGGCAAGGGCUGGGAGACGUAUGGUCCGAGCUACAGGCGGUUGCCGGCGGAGGAGAUCAGCUUGAACUGCUCGGGACGCGACGCGCUCUGCUGGGAGGUCCUCAAUGACGAGUGGGUUUCCCAGCCGUCGUGGCAGUCGGACGAGGGUUUCGUUGCCAAGCGCCAGAAUCCGUACGAGGAGGCGUUCCACCGGUCCGAGGAGGAGCGGCACGAGUACGACUACUACAUCGAAGCCAACAUGCGCACCAUCGCCCUCCUCGAGCCCAUCGCGAGCCGCAUCGCUCUCAUGGAGCCCGACGAGCGCGCGACAUUCCGCCUCAAGCCGGGACUUGGCAACCAGAGCAAGAGCAUCUACCAGCGCGUUCUCAAAAAGGUGUACGGCAAGGAGCAGGGCCUCGAGGUCAUUCAGGCCUUGCACGAGAACCCUUGCGUUGCUGUGCCGAUCGUCCUCGCCCGGCUCAAGCAGAAGGACGAGGAGUGGAAGCGGGCAUUGCGGGAGUGGAACCGCGUCUGGCGCGAGGCGGACGCGAAGAACUUCCUCAAGGCGCUCGACCAUCAGGCGGUCGCGAUCAAGGCGAACGACAAGCGCUACCUCAACACCAAAGCGCUCGUCUCCGAGAUCGAGUCGCUGAAGCGCGAGCAGCAGCAGCGCGAGUACGGCACCCCGACCCACCCGCUUCCGUCGCGUUACCAGCUCUCGUACCCGGUCUCGGACCGUCAGGCCCUCUUCGACGCCGUCAAGCUCAUCCUCUCCUUCCUCGACCGCACCUACGUCGUUUCAUUCGCCGACAAGCCCAAGGUCGACGCGUUCCUGCACGAGUUCUUCGCCAUGGUCUUCGCCAUCCCGCCUGCGGAGUUCGCUAUUGAGGCCAACGCAUUGGUGGAAGAGGACGACACGGUCUCGAACGCGGAUGGCGCGUCGGACGCCGGGACAGUCGGCGGGGCUGCGUCUGGUCUCGAGGAAGCCGUCGAGGCUGCUUUGAGCGGAGCGUCUACACCGACGAGUGGCCGCGGCAAGGGCAAGAAGGGCGGCGACCUGCGCAAGAAGGCCUUGCGCAAGACGGUCGUGCCCGGAGACGGCGCACCCGGGCCCGGACGUGGCAGGAAGCGCACGGCUGCCGUACCCGUUCCGACGGCCAACUCGGCGCCCAGCUCGCGGGCGACGUCACCUGUCGCCUCGACUAGCGCUGCAGGUGCGAGCGGCUUCGGUGCUGACGGCGACAGCGUCAUGGUGGAUGCCGGGACUGGUUUCGAGGAUGCCGCUGCGACUUCGGCUGGUGAAGGCGACGCAGCUUCGAACGGCACGACAAGUCGCGAAGGAACACCCGCAGCGCUCGUCGCCGAGGCGUCUGCUACUCCAGCUGAGCCGGCCGCGGUCGAGAUCGACGGCUUGCCCGAGGUCAUUCAUCCGGUCGACGCGAAGCCUGCUCAGACCGACAAGCGGCGGUCCUGGAACGUCUUCGCCAACUCGACCUUGUACUGCAUGCUACGUCUCUUCCAGGUCCUGCAACAACGCCUCAGCCAGCUCCGCAACUCGGCAGCCGUCCUCGCUGUCCCGCCUCCCGUCCAGCCUAUCACGCCGUCGCAUGUCCCGUCGCUCUCAAUGUCGCUCACCUACGCCCCGCCGUCCGGCUCAGGGUGGACCGAGACGUCCGACUACUAUUACUACCGUGCGCUCGCGUUGUGCGACAAGCUGUUCGACGGCGACCUCGACCAACAAACGUUCGAGGACGGUGUCAGGCGGAUCAUGGCGACGCAGGGCUAUGUCCUCUUCACAGUCGACAAGAUCCUCGCGAGCAUUCUCAAGUUGUCCCUCACCGCCGUCACGGAUGCCAAGACGAAGGAGAUUCUCGCGCUGCUCCGAGAAGACCGCUCGCACCCCGACCGGUCGACGCACUCGCAGCAGAUCGAGUACCGCUCCAACGCCGAGUCGACGCUCGCCAACGACGAGAAUCUCUAUCGCGUCGAGUGGACGCCCGUCUCGUCUGGAAGCGCCUCGGACCCGCUGCUGCUUGGCACUUUGCGCUUCCAGCUGAUGGGUCGGGACGUCGCGGCCCCCGAAGACCUGCCGGCUGCCGAGCGGGCCUGGGCCAAGUAUGUCGAGGGCUACGUCAAGCUCGAGCGGACGCCCGGCCUCGUCAUCGAGCCCAGGAUCCCCUACCUCCCACGCAACCUCCGCCAAGUCGGUAUCCCCCCGCCUCCGCCGUCUCAGGCCGCCGACGUCCGCCCCACCUUGCCGAAGGGCUUGACGGUCGUCUCUGCGCUUCAGAGCCGCAUCUGCCUGCGGAGCUACAAGAUGUUCUUCUGCGCCGAGACGGAGGACGUCUUGUUCCGCCGGGUGCGCGACGCCGACUGGCCGAGCGAGGAAGUCAAGGCGAAGAAGGCCAAGCGCAUUAAGCAGUGGCUCGAGAAGCGGACGAAGGAGGUCGAGGCAAGCAAAGCGGCGGACGCUCCGGACGCGAAGGCGGACGAGGGCAAGGAUGCGGCGGCCGCAGAGAAGGCGGAAGCUCCGGCUGCAGCGACGGAGACUGAAGUGAAGGGCGCUACUUCUGUUGAGGAGAAGAUGGACGUUGAGGCGGACCAGGCGAAGAAGAAGGAGGCUGGCGAGGAGGAGAAGAAGGCGGAGGACGUCGAGAUGAAGGCGUGA